AUGGGUUCCAGACUGAGGGACAAUGUGCAACAUCUCUUUGAAUGUUUCUGUGAAGUAGCAGCACCUUUAGGAGAGAGACUACCUUGGAUACUUCAGAAAUACCCGACUUCCUUUCAGGAUGAAGAAAUACUUAAAUCUGUUCCAGAAUUUGCCUAUCCAUGUGAAAUUGAAAAUUCGACGGUGCAGCAUUUCUCAUUUGUGCUCACCAGUAUAGACUCAAAAUGGACAUUUGGAUUCUGUAGACAUGAUCCUAAGACAGAUACAGCUUUAGUAAUUCUAAGUGCUCUACCGUGGCACGAAAUAUUUUACAAGCUUUUAAAUAAUAUCGCAACAUUGAUGAGCAAUGGAACUGGAGAAGACCUGUGGAAAUUUCUUGAAACCGUGUACAAAAGUUCAGUUCCCAUACCUGGUAGUUCUAUCUCUAUUCCUGUACCAAAUUCCAAAGUGAAUUUUAUUUGCCAAAGUCCGAAGCAAUUUCAAUUACCGAGUAUACCUGAGAAUAGAAACUUGACUGAGUAUUACAGUGCCGUCGAUGCGCACAAUAUGAUGAUCAUAUUCGCUUCUAUGUUGUACGAACGGCGUAUCAUUUUCACUUCGAAACGUCUGUCGAGAUUGAGCGCUUGCGUUCAGGCGUGCAAUGCCUUAAUUUAUCCAAUGAUUUGGCAACAUAUAUACAUACCAGUUUUGCCGUUAUCUCUAAAGGAGUAUUUAUCGGCGCCGAUGCCGUUUUUAAUUGGAGUGCCCACUUCGACGCUUCAGAGAGAACGAAAAAGUGAUUUGGGGGAGGUAGUUAUAUUGGACGCCGAUAUCAAUACCAUAGAAUCGCCGUUUCAGGAUUUGGAAUCGUUACCGCAGGACGUAGUGGUAAACUUGAAAAAGGCGUUGCGUAACAGAUCGGCGUUGCUCGGUGACGGUGUGUCAAGGGCCUUUUUACGAGCGCUCGUACAAUUAAUAGCUGGUUAUAGAGACGCAUUGACGUUGGAGCAAGGACAGAGUAUUACCUUUAAUCAGAAUGCGUUCGUCGAGAGCAGACCACCCUCGAUGCAACCUUUCCUACGGAAAAUGUUGGAGUUGCAGAUAUUUCGACAAUUUAUAGACGAAAGACUGAACAUGCUCAAUUCAGGGCUUGGGUUCUCCGACGAAUUCGAAAUGGAAGCCUGCAGUUAUUCUGCCAAGUCUGGCAGCAAAUUUAUGCAGCAAUAUCGGGAAUGGACCUACGCCAUGAGAAAGGAGAGCUCAGCAUUUUUUCGCAGCGUCAAAGACAAGGCCAACCCAGCUGUAAAGUACGCGGUUAAAUCUGUAAAAGACAAGGGGAAGGACAUGAAGACGGCGUACAAAGGAUUAAAGUGGAAAGGUCGAUCGAGUAGAAGCGAUACGAACGUGAGAUUCCAUCACCCGAGAUCUGCGCCAAGUUCGCCUACGUUAGAGAGAAGGCCUAUCGAUUUCACUUCUUCAUCUAAAUCGCCCAACGGCUUCACUGCUUCAACUAGUUAUAGGAAAGAUCUUCGAAUACGUAAUAACAAUUUCUCUGAUACGAGUAGGAAACAAUAUUCACCGCUGAGCCCUAGUUCACCCGAAGAAUCCGAUACCCCGCCGGAGAGAGUGAGCAUCGACCUCAUGCAAGAACUUCGUCACGUUAUAUUUCCGAACACGCCUCCCGUUGAUAGAACUUUGAAACCAGUGCGCAGUUUAGACAGCUUGAGACCUGCAUGGAGUGGGCAUAUGCGGCACGGCCCUCCGCCUAGUACAGUUGUCGCGAACCCGACCACGAUCCAUUCCUCGAAACCUAAGUCCUUCACACCGCGUCCCACCGUCUCAAUCGGUUCGGUCGAUCACGCGAAUAAUACUCUGUUAAACGUUAACGACACGUCCAAUUCUCAGAUCAACUCGAACGAUCGAACGUUUCCGUUUAAUCCGACGGUUCCAAAAUCGAGCAGAACGAUCGAAGGAACUAGUCGGAACAAAGAAGAUAAUAAAGCUUCGUUUUUACCGCUGAACGCACAGUCUAGCAAUUAUUUCCAAGAAACUCGCGCGAAAGAAUUCACGAAAUGCAACGAUUCGUUGUACGUCGAGAGGACAGGGACGAAACAGCGUAGAAACGAUUCGGAUAGUUGCACGAAUACCUCGAUCUUUUACACCGAGAGUAUCUUUUCGAAUUACGACUCUGAAUCCCUGAACGAGAACGAUCCCUUCGACACCAGCAAAGUGUUCACGCCUUCCUAUUUGAAAGGACCGAUGUUACAAGUUGCAAAUGCAUCGUUGUCUGUUAAUUGUCACGUUCCAUCCCAUGCAUACAAUAGUACCGCAUCUCGUUCUGCAUACCUCAAGGAGUCUCCCGAAGUGCCAGAUUUAAUUAGAUUAGACAGUACGGCGAGUAGUGACGAUUUCGAUCCGCUGCUCGCCAGGUCGUCGGAGUUCGCGACUUCCAAACAAAUGACACAGUCGUUGCACAUACCCGAGAUGGGCGAGGGCCUCAGCAAUCCGUUGUACCCUUAUUUCCAACCGUUGCACAAAAGUAGUAACGAGAGCCAACAGAAAUCAACCGAGAACAUCGGCGAUCUGGACUUGUUACAAGCGUACGGCUUGGACUUUAAAAAAUUUAGCAUAAGUAACGGCGAUUCGCCUGCGAAGAAUUCCACGGUAUGCAGCACAUCCGAAAGCAGUAUUAACAAUAUGGACAACGCGUUCAGCUCAACGCUGAACGCGCCUGCCAUCAAGUCGCAAAACAAUUGGACGAAAUUUGAAUGAGUAAUAGAAUUCCGAUCAUGUACUACUCACAUAUCAUGAUUGUAUAUACGAUGUUAAUAUCGUUUUCCUUUUAUUUCGUUUUCUCUUUGUUAACCAAGUAAUCGUAAGUAUCAUUGAUACGCUUUCAGGAACACGUAGUUGCGACUAAGAGUAUUACAGAUAAUAGAAUCGAACGAAUUCUAAUAUCGUAGCCAUUAGCCGAAGGGGAUACAAUUACUUCUCUGUAGCACAAAUAUGAUAACUACGCCCUUAUACAUUUUUAUAUCGAAAAUCCGCAGAGGAUGAAAUCUGUCAAUGUCUACCGCCCUCCCUGACUAUAAUUUUGUACAAUUUCUAAGUCAUCGCUUCCCCCCGUAUUCAAUUGUAUAUUUCUGUAAAGAGUUUUGUUUUGUUUUUGAUCGACGUCGUAAAUCAUGAGUUCAAUACUUUGAAUGUAUAAAUUAUUUUAGUUAUCGAAGCAUUCGCGAUACCAAUAUUAUAGCAAUUGUAUUCUAGAAUCUUAGAGACUACUUAACCGAGAGCGAUGCUUCUUUAAUUCCUUAUUGUUAUGAAUUCUCUUAACAAAUCGUAAUCGAUUAUGAUCAGUAUUCAACAACAAAUAAUCAAUUGGGACAAAUACGAUGAAUUGAUAUGAUUAGUUUUUCUCCUUGUUAAAUUUUCACAUAUGUUAAAUCGAGCAGUUGUUGCAUUUAUUGGUAACGCUUACUAAUAAACGAGGAUACGAGAAA